UCUCCUCGUAUUAUUGGUAAUAUCUUUUUUUCCUUUCCUUAACAAAAGCAGGAGUAGAUUAUUACCAACGAUCUCAUUGCCUUCCAAACAAAAACACUAGUGUAUGCCAGAACACACUUGCAUCCCACCACUGACACAUACACCCAUACUGGCACAGAGCACACUGCAGAAACCGCAAAGCGGCCAGCGAGCAGGCGGCACCACCGAGUCCUCGCCGCCUCCACUUCCCCACCGCCACUGUCUGGCCCUUCCCCUCCGUCGGAGUCUCCGGAGGCCGCGCAUCCUCCGCGAAAUCGCCGUCACGCCGGUAAAGACUAUUCCGCCAUGAGGACUUUUCAAGGUCCAAACCUUGAGAAUAUGGAAGUCCAUACUUCCAAGUCCUGGCCUUCCAAAAAGAAGCCUUGCAAGGUACCUGAAUCCAUUGAAGUGCAUAUUAUUGAUGAUGACAGCACCAAGGAUUACUCUGUGGGAGACGCAUCAAAGCAGCUUGUUCUUUACAAUCCUGAGAUCACACAUGACAAGCAAAGUGACAUAGAUCAUCAUACCUCACUGCGCCAAAGUUCCAAGAAGCCAAGAUAUGGACGUGGCACGGUUCUACCUUCUAUUUAUACUGUACAGUGUGCUAACUGCUACAAAUGGAGGAUCGUUCCGACAAAAGAAAAAUAUGAAGAGCUGCGCGAGAGUAUUUCUCAGGAGCUUUUUGUAUGCACAAGGGCUAGUGAGUGGAACCGUGAAUUAUCAUGUGAUGAACCAGAAGAUAUACCACAAGAUGGAAGUAGGGUGUGGGCGCUUGAUAAGCCAAACAUUGUCCAACCCCCUCCUGGCUGGGACAGGGAGGUCAGAAUCAGAGGGGCUUCCACUAAAUUUGCAGAUGUGUACUACACUUCUCCAUCUGGGAAAAAGUUGAGGUCGUUGGUUGAAAUUGGGAGGUACUUGGCAGAGAACCCACACUACAUCAGGGAAGGGGUUAACUUAUCUCAGUUUUCUUUUGCUAUUCCUAGACCCCUGCAAGAAGACUAUGUUCGAAAGCGUACACAUAGAGAUGCUCAUGAAUUACCAGAGUUUGCUGAGAUUGCUCAAGUUGAUCCACUGUGCUGGGCAGCACCUCCUAUUCGCAGAGAACUGCUCGCUGGACCUGGCUCUUCAACUUCAUAUCCUGCUUACAUCAGCCAGCCUGAGAUUGCAGAUCAUGUCGACCUUCACCAGUCUGAGGUGUCUGAACCGCCACCUCAGUACCCCAAGAAGAGAAUGGGGAAGCAAGUGUCCUCAAGGAAAUGCCAAAGCAAUUUGCCAGCAACGAGCUGUCCAUUCGAAGAGCAAUCUGGUGGGCACUUCAUCGACAUUGACCAUGUGCCACUGUGAACUCCAGAUCCAGUAGCCUCCUUGCUGUGGGUCUGCUCUUUUGGUACCAUUUUACUGCACCUGUUCGGAAAGGGGCACUAGUGUAAGCAUCAAGUUUUGGUAAUGUAGAUAUGGUAGCCAUGGCCGUAAUGUCCACCAAAGUAGGUAGCUGCUAGCUGGUAUCAGAGACCUUACAGAAUGGUUGGUGUAUGCAUUUUCAUGCUAAAUCGGUCUUGUAGGGCUACUGGUACCAAUGUAACUUGGAGGCUUGGAGCAGACCAGUUGGAGCUCCCAAAGCUUCUGGGUGAUCUGAUUUCUGUUCUGAAUGUACCGCAUAUGGGUUGCCGAAGCUUCUAAAAUUUCUGGUUGCUGUUCUACAAUGCUCCAAUUACAGUUA